AUGUCGUACUCCACUUUCGAUGAUGAGUAUUAUGAUUUUUACGAGGACUAUGAAUAUGACGCCGACCCCGAUCACGUGCCGCUGGACCAGAUGAUUCCAGUGGCCUUCACCUACGGCGUUACUAUGUUUCUUGGACUGCUAGGUAACAGCCUAGUGAUCCUGUCCGUGGCAAAGUUCAAGACCAUGCAGAACGUGACCAACAUGUUUCUGUUGUCCCUGGCAACGGCAGACCUUCUACUCGUCCUCAUCUGUGUACCUGUCAAGGAAUAUAUUGCAGAGGCUCAGACUAUAGAUUUAGAUUACUACUAUAGCACAGUCUACGAGGAGUAUGAAUAUGACACUGACCCGGGCGUCAUUCCGGUAGAACAACUUGUUCCAGUGUCCUUCACCUACGGACUACUUAUAGUUCUUGGGUUGCUUGGAAACAGCCUCGUCAUUAUUGCAGUAGCAAGGUUCAGGAAGAUGCAGAGCGUGACAAAUAUUUUCCUUCUGUCACUCUCCACGGCUGAUUUGCUCAUUAUUCUAGUGUGUGCACCGAUCAAGUGCGCCGCAUUUUUCUCGUACACGUGGAAGUUUGGAGCUGCGUUGUGUAAGCUGGUCCACUAUGUACAGAACGUGUCCAUCCUGUGUUCCGUCAUGAACCUUACCGUCCUCAGUCUAGAAAGAUACUACGCCAUCAUCCAUCCAAUCCGGGCCAAGUGUGUCAGCACUGUGACAUUGGCGAAGAAGAUCAUCGCUGUCAUCUGGUUACUAAGUGCGAUCAUGGCUACUCCUAUCAUAGAAGGCAGGAUUCACAAGCAUGUUGGCAAUGGCAACAGGACUGGUUAUUGGUGCUCGGUAAGCUGGGACCGGCCUGUAUACGGGCAGCUGUACGGGGUUUACAUGUUCCUCGCUAUCCUCGUGAUUCCGCUCUGUCUCAUGGUGUUCGCCUACUCAAGCAUCUGUCAUCGCGUCUGGAAACUCCACAAACAGCGUCCUAACGUUGUCCAGCACAGGUCUGUCCGCAUGGAACACCCGCGUCUCGAAAGCACGACGACGCUGGAAUCUCCGGCUGCCAUAGAGAUGCACACGCUGUCUUCAUCUAAGAACGGCAAGAUGCUUCGAAGCCUUACACACAAAAGCUCUGCAUCUAAAGGGGAACACCACACACGGAAACAAGUGAUAAAGAUGUUGGUGGCGAUAGUGUUGCUCUAUCUGAUAUGUUGGGGACCAAUAACUGUCAACAACCUGCUAGUGGCCUUCGGUUGCCUUGAUGACCUCCAUCUGGGGUUCCUCCGACCAAUGAGAAUCGCAUUCUUUCUCAUGUCCUACUUUAAUAGUUGUACCAACCCUAUCGUGUACGCCUUCAUGUCCAGGCACUUCAGAAACACAUUUAAACACACGCUCUUUAUGUUAUGUCGAAAGCAUACAAUCAUCAGGCAGACGCGCGUCCGACGUAAUCACGGGCUAGGUAACACGCGCUCAGCUUCGUUUUACUCUGGUCAACACACAUCUCUACGAGCGAGUCGGACAUUUCAGACAGUAUAUGAUUUUAGAGAUAGAAAACUAAAGCCGCAUAGGUAUGGUAACAGUGGAGGAACCCAGCUAGAUGUGAAAUCCGAGCCUCUUGGGAACAGAUACACGCUAAACCUUGACUUACCACCGCCAUGUCGUACCAACUGCGAUGACGUUACUGUUUUGUCUGAUACUGAUAAAGAAAAUAUUAGACCAGUCUGA